AUGUCAGUGAAUACAAUCCAAUGCAAGACAACAUCCGGUGGCAGUGAGAUACCAUUCAGUUUAGACCUGGGGGAGAAAUUAGCUUUCAGGACAACAACUGCAAGACAAACAUUCAGCCUACAACUGUGCAACAAUAGCAAUAGCAGUACAUUAAAAGUUAAGAUUGCAGCAACAGACGGACAUAUUUAUGUUACAAACAAGAGACUCGUGUACAUAACGGGUAGUCAAGGAGACUUUGACUCGUUUGUUGUUGAUUUUAAUCAUGCCUCACAAAUUCAAUUCUCGCAUACAUUGAAAUGCCCUUGGAUCGGGGCAAAUUAUUGGGAGUUCAUGUUUUUUAGUCCGGCAGAGCCUAUCUGCGAUGGUUUACCAAAGAACGAUUGCUUUAAGGGACAGAUCGUUUUCAAGGACGGUGGCCUUUACCGAUUUGUGGAAGUUUUGAAUGUGGCAAUCAAUGACAUCGUAAACAACUCAAACAUAGAUGAUGAGCUUCCACGAUACUCCGAAUUGUAA